AUGGUAGAUAAGCUCUCCCUCCCCCUCCGAAUCCCGGGCCCUCCUCCUUCCCCUCGCAUCCUCCAAGAGCCCUCCCAACUACCGCAGCAUCAUCAUCAUCAGCAGCAGCAGCAGCAAACGCCGCCAUCGCCAUCCCCAAUAGCACCACUUCUCCAGGAGCUCCUGCGGGAGCCUCUUCUCCACAAGGAGCGGGAAGCCCCCAAUUCCUCUCCUCGGAGCUAUCGCAGGCGGCCUACUUCGUCCUCGCGGAGGCCGCAGCUCGGGAAGUACUACGACCCCAACAGAGGGAAGCCCUGGUCGGUCGAUGCCCGCGUCUCAGCCCGCGGCCGUCGCGUCCUCCAGUCUAUUCUCGGAUCAGUCGAGCUCAGCCCAGCUCGCCUGGAUGAGGUGCUCGUCGCCCUUGAUCCGGCUACCACCGAUUAUUCCGAUGGCGGGGAGGAGCUGGAUUCCCUGUCCAUCGACCUCCUGGGGAUAAUCGAGGCCCUGGAAUUCCACAAGAAGACGGACGCCGCGCUGAACGUGUUCGAGUGGGUCCGCCGGAGGCACGGGGACGCGAAGCUCUUCCGGAAUUGCCAUGGUGGAUGUGGCCCGUUGGCCCCUACGGUCAUCAGCAUUCUGGGAAAAGAGGGCAGGGUCUCGGACGCCGCCGCUCUUCUGCACUCUCUCCAGAAAGAGGGCUGCAUUGUGGACGUGUACACGUAUACUUCCCUGGUAUCGGCCUACGUGAGGAAUGGGAGAUACAGGGAGGCUCUGUCGGUGGUUCAGGAGAUGGAGGAAGACGACUGCAAACCCACCCUCAUCACCUACAACAUCAUCCUUAACGUCUAUGGGAAGUUGUCCAUGCCCUGGAACGAGAUUGUUUCUGUCGUCGAUGUCAUGAAGAAGGAAGGCAUCUUCCCCGACAGGUACACCUACAACACUCUCAUCAGCUGCUGCCGACGAGGGUCUCUCUAUGAAGAGGCCUUGCAGAUCUUCGAGGAGAUGAAAUCAAUGGGUUUUCAACCGGAUAAGGUCACGUAUAAUGCCCUCCUGGAUGUCUACGGGAAGUCGCGGAGACACAAGGAGGCCAUGGCCGUGUUGCAGGAAAUGGAGACGAACGGGUUUCCCCCCAGCAUCGUCACCUACAACUCGCUGAUAUCUGCGUAUGCUAAGGACGGGAUGCUGGACGAAGCCAUGGAGCUGAAGGACCAGAUGAAGUCCAAGGGGAUAAAACCAGAUGUCGUCUCCUACACCACCCUCCUGUCAGGCCUCGAAAAGGCUGGGAAGGAUGUAUUAGCCAUGGAGAUCUUCGAGGAGAUGAAGACCCAAGACUGCAGGCCAAAUCUCUGCACCUUCAACGCCCUGAUCAAGAUGUACGGGAAUCGAGGAAAGUUUCCAGAAAUGAUGCAGGUAUUCGAAGAGCUGAGAUCCGGCGGCUUCGUCCCUGACAUCGUCACCUGGAACACCCUCCUGGCUGUUUUCGGUCUGAAUGGCAUGGACGACGAGGUCUCGGGCGUAUUCAAGGAGAUGAAGAAAGCCGGGUUCAUCCCAGAGAGGGACACAUACAACACUCUGAUCAGCGCUUACAGCCGUUGCGGCGCAUUCGACCAAGCUAUGGUGGUGUACAAGAGGAUGAUCACUGCGGGCAUUACUCCCGAUCUCUCGACUUAUAACGCGGUGCUUGCUGCUCUGGCUCGCGGCGGCCUCUGGGAGCAAGCCGAGAAGAUACUGGCGGAGAUGAAGGACAGGAACUGUAAGACGAACGAGCUCACCUACUGUUCCAUGUUGCACGCUUACGCGAACGGAAGAGAACUGGAUCGGAUGGGUGCACUCGCAGAGGACAUCUACUCGGGGAUCAUAGAACCCCAUGCCGUGCUCCUAAAGACUCUGGUCUUAGUCUACGGCAAGAGCAACCUUCUGGCUGAAACAGAGCAUGCCUUCCGGGAGCUGACGAAGAGGGGCUCCUCCCCCGACAUAACCACUCUGAAUGCCAUGCUCUCCAUCUACGGAAGGAGGCAGAUGGUUCCGAAGGUGAACGAGAUUCUGUGCUUCAUGAAAGAAUCCGGUUUCAGCCCCACUCUGACGACCUACAACAGCCUGAUCAACAUGUACAGUCGCUCGGGAGAUCCCGGGAGAGCAGAGGAAAUCCUCAGAGAGAUCAAGACCAAAGGUAGACGGCCUGACCUCUUCUCAUAUAACACCCUCAUCCAUGCUUAUGGCAGGCAGGGGCUCAUGAAAGAUGCCACUAGGAUCUUCCUGGAGCUGAAGGCCUCCGGGCUGAAGCCCGACGUCGUGACAUAUAACACAUUUAUAGCAAGUUACACCACAAACUCCAUGUUUGCGGAGGCCAUCGGCGUCAUUCGGUACAUGAUUAAGAAUGGCUGUCGGCCCAAUGAGAACACCUACAACUCAGUCGUGGAUGGCUACUGUAAAGUCGGCCUGAGAGAAGAGGCCAGUGUCUUCAUCCACGGUCUUCAGCAGCUCGAUCCUCGGAUUUCUAGUGAGGAUCAGCGCAAGCUGUCCAGAAGAUUAGCGGAGAGGUAG